GGUAUUUCGAUUUCUUGUGUUUUAGCUCUUAUUAGAUCCUGCGCUUUCGAUACUUGAAUCUUGAUUCCUGAAUAUCCGUUCCUAAAUCCCUCCAUUGCUUCUUCUCCGAUCUUGUAUUCCGUUGCUCUUUUGUGUGUUGUUCACUCUCACUCUUUGAUCACGAUUUUUCGUUCUCAGAUCUUCAAUCGUACUUCAACAUUUUGUUAUUGCGACCAAUGUAAUUUUGCUUGGGCUAUUACUACAUUGUGGAGAUCUGUGCUGUGUUGUGUGAUUUUCUCCCACGAAAUUAGUUUUUUUUUUUUUUUUUUCGUCAUUUGUGUGGGUGGAGCUUUUGCUUAGUGAUUGUAUCUAUCGAUCCAUUUGUGAUUCUUAGUCUUUCUAAUCAAUCAUGUGUGGGCCCUCUUGGCGAUAUCUCAAGUCUAACAACAAUGUCAGGGACUCAUGAUUCAUGUCCUUUGGUAAAGAACAUUCUUCUUCUGGACUCUGAAGGGAAGCGUGUGGCUGUCAAGUAUUACUCCGAUGACUGGGCGACUAAUGCUGCCAAGUUGAGUUUUGAGAAGUACGUAUUCUCCAAGACCUCUAAGACCAAUGCUCGCACAGAAGCUGAGAUCACUUUGCUGGACAGUAAUAUUAUUGUCUAUAAGUUCGCCCAGGACCUUCACUUCUUUGUCACUGGAGGCGAUGAUGAAAACGAGCUCGUCUUGUCUUCGGUUCUUCAAGGCUUUUUCGAUGCUGUUGCACUUCUUCUAAGGAACAAUGUGGAAAAGAUGGAAGCCCUUGAGAACUUGGAUCUCAUUUUUCUCUGCCUCGAUGAAAUGGUCGAUCAGGGGGUGGUUCUUGAAACAGACCCAAACGUCAUUGCGGGAAAAGUAGCAAUGCAGAGCACAGAAGCUAGUGGUUCACUCUCUGAACAGACACUAACUCAAGCACUGGCAACAGCUCGGGAACAUCUGGCAAGAAGUCUGCUUACAUGAGAGUUUCCUCAUAUGCAUAAUACUGUUAUGGGAUUUGUCUCAUUACGUGUGAAAGUCUUUUAAUAAUUCGAACACUUUGCUUACAGCAUUUCUGCAUACUUAACCUGAAGUUUGGGGUAUUUGUUACAUAGCUGUGUGUUCAAUGCUGGAGCUUUUUUGAAGACUGGAUAUUGCAGAACAAGAAUUUUAUAAAUCUUGAUUCAUAUCUUUUA